AUGGCCGCUUCCACCACCUCCGCGUUCGGUUCUCUCUCCGUCACCCUCGCUCAGGCGGUCGCUUACCUCACUCGCUCCUUGAUCGUUCGCUACUCCGCAACCACCAUUAUUAAGCUUCAGCUCGCACUUGAGGCUAACCUCACCGCCCAGUUCGCGCCAUCGUGGGUUCCCAACGAGCCUCUCCGCGGCUCUGGCCGUCGUUGCCUCACUCUCACGCCUAACGCCCUCCCUCCUCGCUCGAUCUACAACGCUUGCAAGAGUGCGAACGUCGAGUGGUCCGAGUGGAUCGCACUCCUCGGUGGUCUGGAGUUUGACCUCUUCAUUGACCCUGGCUGCAUCUCGGUGCGCUUCGGCAACUGGGACGCAGGCAAAGUGAGCAAGUUCUUCACAGUGUGGUCGGAGGAGCUUGCGGCAAAGGCCCAGGAGUCGCAGCGCCCCGCACCUGCCGCCGCCACGAACAAGAGCCUCGCGCAAGAGUUGUUCGAGAUAGAGCAGGAUGAGGAAGAGGAGUUAUUCGCCAUGAUCGCCGACGAAGUCCGGGAGCCGACUUGGUUGACUCCCAUCCUCACACAGUUCCCUUCUGUCCCUGCGCUCCCCGCACGCUCUGCCAACGCCUCCCCCGUCUCUGUGAGUUCCACGCACUCGCGCACGAGCUCAUCCAGCUCGACCUCCGUCUUUUCUUUCUCCUCGAACGGCAGUGCCGAUUCGUACGGUUCCGCGACGACAGUCUCCGUUUCUUCGUGCUCCACGUCCCCCAUCGACGAAAAGCCCAAGUUCAAGCUCUCUCGCCGGGAGCGGGCCCGACAGGCGCGCGUUUUCGUCGACACUUCCAAAAAGGAGGUGACGAACUAUGACGGUGGCAAGACCACCGUCCUCGGCGGGGGCGUCAUGUUGGGCGCUGCGCGCGCAGCCCCCCAGGCCAAGCCGGCGGCGACUCAGACCAAGGCCGACGGCUCCAGCGGCAGCUGGCGCGUCCGCCGUGUAUGA